AUGGCAGAAAAAAUUGAAGAUGGUUUAGAAACCGAUAAACAGGCAGUUGGAAGCAAAUCAUGUGUUUAUUAUAUUAAGUGGGUAGAUGUAGAGGGUGUUGAAUACGCAGUCGUAAUGCAAAAUGAAAAUGGGCCGUGUCCAUUGUUAGCUGUUAUCAACGUGCUCCUUUUGCGAGGACAGAUUACCUUACCAUGUGGUUCUACAGAAGUUAGUGAAAAGAAAUUGUUACAGUUCGUUGCGGAUUGUAUACUUCGUCUCAAACCCAAGGACAUCGAUGAAGCCGAACUACCAAAUUAUGAACAGAAUUUAUCAGAUGUACUCGCUUUAAUACCUUCUUUGCCUAAGGGUCUCGAUGUGAAUAUUCAUUUUACUGGAGUAAAAAGAUUUGAAUACACUCCAGCAUGCGCAUUGUUUGAUAUCUUGAAUAUACCACUAAUGCACGGAUGGAUUAUUGACAAAGCCGAUCAGGAAUUAUUGAGAUUGAUAGAUGGAUUAAGUUACAAUCGAAUAGUGGAGAAAAUUGUUAGUACAAACAAUGAAUCCGAAAAUUAUAUGCUGAGAAAUUUCCUAGAUUCUAGUGCAUCUCAAUUGACAACGCAGGGAAUUGCCGAACUUCUAUCUAAUCUUAACGAUGGUGAAAUUGCUGUGCUUUUUCGAAACAAUCAUUUCCAAACAUUAGCAAAGCAAAAGGAUGCACUGUAUGUUCUAGUUACUGAUAUGGGAUUUCUGGGGGAAUCUGCGGUUGUGUGGGAAACAUUGGAUUGUAUUGAUGGGAAUUCUACCUUCGUCAAUUCAGUUUUUAGCACAUCAUAUAAAUCGAGCAUCCUUGCUAACGAGAGUGCUGAUUUCUUAUUAGCUCUCUCCAUACAAGAAGCUGAAAAAAAAAGUAUGCAAAGUCGAAGCACGCACAUUAAUGAAACAAGUACAUCAGCUGAAGAUCAUUAUGUGCAGCAUGAACGAGUACGUGUAUUACCUUCGUCAACACAAGCUAUACGACCAAGCAAAAAUUACAACUGCUUGAUAUUGUGA